UCCAUCCAGACUCCGCGGGAAAGGAGGUCGAAAUGACGGAUGCAACCAUGGGAGCGAGAACCGGGGACAGUUUAUUUACACCCAAAGAGGCUGUGUAAGUUAAGAGGGAAGCCGCUGCGUGUGUCUCCCUCUUUACUUUCACCGACCCCCUCCUCCUCCGCUGGCAGAAAUUUAUAAAGAACAAAAAAUCCGACGAGGGAGGGAGGGGGGUUGAUAUACGCCGAGGCUGAAAUCGAGAGGCGAACCCAGGGAAAGAGGAGUAAUUUGUACACGGGACUUUCCCCCUCUUAGUCCCCCAAAAGGAGGGGGAAAAGUCGCAAUAUUGGAAACGAAAAGGAACGAGCUUCUAAAGGCGUGAAAACGUCUGCAAUUGUGGAUACUUUAUAUAUUUUUAUUUCGAAAAAAUAUGGCCGAGAACGUUCUGGACCAUGGCCCGCCUUCAGCCAAGAGGCCUAAACUCUCGUCUCCGGCACUUUCCGCCUCCGCCAGCGAUGGAAAUGAUUUCGGCUCACUGUUUGACUUGGAGCAUGAUCUCCCCGACGAGCUCAUUAGCGCCAAUGAAUCAGGCCUGGUCAACGGCGGGGACCUCAGCCAGUUGCACACUACUCUCGGAGGAGGCAGCGGAGGGCCGGGAGGAAUGGGACUUGGACUUGGCGGAGGCCAGGAUGCGGUGGCCAAGCACAAACAACUGUCCGAGCUUUUGCGUUCAGGGGCGCCCACCUCGGCCCAACAAGGGCACCAAGGAGCCAUGGGCGGCCCAGGAGGCCCCAGCGCCAUGGGGCAACACUUGGCCAACAUGAAGGCCUCUCCUGGCCAGGGGCCUCCGCAGAUGAUGGUCCAGGGGCAGCAGCAGCACCUCUCUCCUCAGCAGCAGGUCAACAUGAUGCAACAGAAUGCUUCAGCUGGAAUGAUGGGUGGCCUAAACAGGGCCAUGAUGGGAGCGCAGCAGAAAGGCAAUAAUGGACAGCAGCAGCCAGGCAUGAUUGGGAGCCAGGUGAUGAAUGGCUCCCCCAGGAUGGGCUUUGGGAAUCAGGGGAUGGGUGGCAACAGCAACCUGUUGGCUGAGACCCUACAGCAGCAGGGAGCUGGGGGCCAGGCCGGGAUGAGAGGCCAGCAACCGGGAGCCAUGAACAAGAUGGGGAUGAUGGGGAACCCCGGGGGCCCUUUUGGAGGUCCAUAUACGGGGCAGGGGAAUCAAGGUCUGGGCGGCGCAGGGCUGGGCCCUCAGCUCCAGAACAAAAGUCCUCUGGGCAACAGCCUGGCCCAGUUCAACGUGGACAAGAAGAACCAGCCCAUGCAAGGAAUGGCCGCCAUGGGCUCUCAGCAACCACAGACGGGUGUGGGCGGUCCCUCUGGUGCACCUGUGGGAGGAGCCCCAGGGAUGCUGCCCAGCGCUCAGGGAGGUCUGGUUGGUGCCCGCGCCCAGGUUUCUGCGGCCUCCGCUGCUGCCGGAGCGCCGCCCACAGCUGACCCUGAAAAGCGCAAGCUAAUUCAGCAGCAACUGGUUCUCCUGCUUCACGCACACAAGUGCCAGCGGCGGGAGCAAGCCAACGGGGAAGUCCGGCAGUGCAACCUGCCCCACUGCCGCACCAUGAAGAACGUCCUCAACCACAUGACUCACUGCCAGGCCGGCAAGUCCUGUCAGGUUCCUCACUGUGCAUCAUCGAGGCAGAUCAUCUCCCAUUGGAAGAACUGCACGCGGCACGAUUGUCCGGUCUGCCUGCCGCUGAAGAAUGCUGGAGACAAGAGGAACCCGCAGUGUGAGUCUCUACUCAGUGCAGCCGCUGCAGGUCUGGGCAGCUCUCUUGGGUCAGUACCUGGUGGUCAACCAAGUACUCCCAAUCUCAACCCGCCAAGCCAGAUUGACCCCAGCUCCAUAGAGCGAGCCUACGCCGCCCUGGGCCUCACCUACCAAGGCAACCAGAUCCAGUCCCCGACUGCCCAGCCCAGUAUGUCCAACCAAGGUUUGCAAGGCCCGGCUGGCAUGAGGCCUCUGAACCCAAUGGGUGCGAACCCUAUGGGGGUCAAUGGAGGUGUCGGUGCUUCUCCUCAGAGCCAGCAAGCCAGCCUGCUGCAAGAUACCAUGAUGCACCUCAAUGUGAACAGCCAAGGUCUGCUGAAUGAUGCCAGUGGGGUCGGGUCCAUGCCCACGGCAGGCCCUCCGUCUUCUUCGGGCAUGAGGAAAACCUGGCACGAGGACAUCACUCAGGACCUACGAAACCACUUGGUACACAAACUUGUACAGGCCAUCUUUCCGACUCCAGAUCCGGCCGCGCUAAAGGACCGGCGAAUGGAGAACCUGGUGGCCUAUGCCAGAAAGGUUGAGGGAGACAUGUAUGAGUCAGCCAACAGUAGAGCGGAGUACUAUCACCUGCUAGCGGAGAAGAUCUACAAGAUCCAGAAGGAGUUGGAAGAGAAGAGGAGGACCCGGCUUCAGAAGCAGGGUCUGGGCCUUGGUCCUGCCGGCAUGGGCCAGUCCCCCACUGGACUGCCUCCAAACGGCCCCCUCUCUGACCCAUCAAUGGUGCGACCACCUGGACCAAAUCAGAUGGUCAACAGGAUGCAAGGGCCAGGUAUGAAUCAGUUCAAUCAGAUGGGGAUGCAGUCUAUGGGCCAGAGGUCAACGCCUCCUCUCCCCAUGGGAGGAUGUGGGAACCAGAUCGCAAUGGCCGGACCCAGGAUGGGGCAGCCGAAUGUCAACCAGCUGCAGAACCAGUAUCUGUCCCAGGGACAGUUUCCUGGGUCUGGAGCCGGGACUCCUCAGCCGGGGAUGGCUCAACCUGGAGCACCAACAGGCAUGCCACAGACGCAGAUGGGCACUCCUCCAUCGCUUCCCGUUGCUAGUCCUCUAGCACAGCCGGGUUCAGCCGGUGGACCCAGUGGUGUCCCCUCAGUGGGGCCCAUGGGUCCUCAGAGCGUUGGUGGCGGAGGUCCCAACUCAGUUGGAGGACCCCCUGCUUCCUCCAUGACUCCACCAAAUGCAAACCAGCAGCCCAACUCCAUCCCCCAUUUGGCAGCCAUGCGUGGCUCACCGUCCCCGGCUCACAGUCGAUCUCCUACUCCUCACCAAACCCCCCCGAGACUAGCCGGGUCCCAGACCCCACAGCCCCACACCCCUAACGCACCGCAAUUGGGUCCGCCCUCAGCCCCCCCGCAGAGCCAGCUUGGCCAGGGCCCCGGCUCCAACAAGCCGCUCCAUCAGCAGCACAUGGGGUCCGCUGGUUCAACCACUCCGUCUCACCCUGGGUUGUCCUCCAGCUCCACGCCGCACGGUUCUCAGCUGCCCCGCACUCCGUUGUCCCAAAAGGGUUCGUUUCCAGCAGACAGUCAGGCCCAUACUCCAGCCUCUGUCAGCAGCCUGGACACUUCGUCCCAGCAGCCCCAGUCGAACGCUUCAACCGCCAACCUCGACCCCAAGAUGGAGGUGAAGCAGCAGGAUGAUGAGGACGAGAGCGACAGCGGCAGCUGCUCGAAAGGAGGAAAGCUCAGUAACCUCAAAACGGAGGAAAAGCCUGUAAAAUUAGAGGUGAAAAAGGAGGAGUGCUAUGAUGAGGGAGGUAAAGGGGUUUCCAUGGAUACAUCAACGGCGAUGCCAACGGCAAAAAUCAAGACUGAAGACAGGAAACUGGAGAUAAAGAAGGAGGAAGACGAUACCUCAGACUCAUCUUCAACACAGGCCUCGGUGAAAAAGAAAAUCUUCAAGCCCGAGGAGCUUCGUCAGGCCUUGAUGCCCACACUCGAAUCUCUCUACCGACAAGAUCCAGAGUCGCUGCCCUUCAGAAUGCCUGUGGACCCACAAAUGCUGUGCAUACCUGACUACUUUGAUAUUGUGAAGAACCCUAUGGACUUGUCUACUAUCAAACGAAAGCUGGAUACAGGUCAGUACCAGGACCCUUGGCAGUAUGUGGAUGACAUCUGGGUGAUGUUCAACAACGCCUGGCUGUACAAUCGCAAAACAUCCAGAGUCUACAAGUACUGCUCCAAGCUGGCCGAGGUUUUUGAGCAGGAGAUUGAUCCCGUCAUGCAGAGCCUUGGCUACUGUUGUGGGAGGAAGCUGGAGUUCUCUCCUCAGACACUGUGCUGCUACGGGAAGCAGCUGUGCACUAUUCCCAGAGAUGCUGCUUACUUCAGCUACCAGAACAGUUCACCAAAAUUUGGGCUUGUUGCUGACAGGUACCACUUCUGCGAAAAGUGUUUCAACGAGAUCCAGGGAGACACGGUUUCCUUGGGCGACGACCCCACCCAGCCACAGACAUCAAUAAACAAGGAACAGUUUGAGAAGAAGAAGAAUGACUCACUGGACCCCGAAUUGCUUGUUGAAUGUUUGGACUGUGGGCGCAGGAUGCAUCAGAUCUGUGUGUUGCACCACGAGACCAUCUGGCCGUCGGGUUUUGUAUGUGAUGGCUGCUUAAAGAAGACAAACAAAACCAGGAAAGAAAACAAGUAUUCUGCCAAAAGGUUGCCGCAGACAAAGUUGGGCAGUUACUUGGAGAUGAGGGUCAAUGACUUUCUGAAGCGUCAGACCCACACGGGCGCCGGAGAGGUCUUCAUUCGCGUUGUCCAUGUUUCUGACAAAGUGGUGGAGGUCAAACCAGGCAUGAAGUCCAGAUUUGUGGACAGUGGAGAGAUGUCGGAGUCUUUUCCAUACAGGACAAAAGCCCUUUUUGCCUUUGAGGACAUUGACGGAUCAGACGUCUGCUUCUUUGGUAUGCAUGUUCAAGAGUACGGCUCCGACUGCCCUCAGCCCAACCAGAGGCGAGUCUACAUCUCCUACCUGGACAGUGUGCACUUCUUCCGGCCUCGCGGCUUAAGAACAGCAGUCUACCAUGAAGUCCUCAUUGGUUACCUGGAAUACGUCAGGAAGUUGGGCUACACCACUGGCCACAUCUGGGCCUGCCCACCAAGUGAAGGGGACGACUACAUCUUCCACUGUCACCCUGCAGAUCAGAAGAUCCCAAAGCCCAAACGCCUCCAGGAGUGGUACAGGAGGAUGCUAGACAAAGCUGUGGCCGAGCGCAUAGUGCACGAUUACAAGGAUGUCUUCAAGCAAGCGACAGAGGAUCGUUUGACCAGUGCCAAGGAGUUACCUUAUUUUGAAGGAGACUUCUGGCCCAAUGUGUUGGAAGAGAGCAUUAAAGAGCUGGAGCAGGAGGAGGAGGAGAGAAAAAGGGAGGAGAACAGCACGUCGAAUGAGAGUAUUGAUGAGACAAAAGGUGACAGUAAAAAUGCAAAGAAGAAGAACAACAAGAAGACGAGUAAGAACAAGAGCAGCCUGAGCCGAGCCAAUAAGAAGAAGCCAGGGAUGCCUAAUGUCUCCAAUGACCUUUCACAGAAACUCUAUGCCACUAUGGAAAAACAUAAAGAGGUGUUCUUUGUGAUCCGACUGAUCGCUGCACCCAUGGCAAAUGCAUUGCCCCCCAUUACAGACCCGGAUCCCCUGAUGGCAUGUGACCUCAUGGACGGCCGCGAUGCUUUCUUGACGUUGGCCCGAGACAAACACCUGGAGUUCAGCUCGCUGCGGAGGUCCUUGUGGAGCUCCAUGUGCAUGUUGGUGGAAUUGCAUAACCAAAGCCAGGACCGCUUUGUCUACACUUGUAAUGAGUGCAAGCACCAUGUGGAGACUCGCUUCCACUGUACUGUCUGUGAGGAUUACGACCUCUGCAUCACAUGCUACAACACUAAGGGCCAUAUUCACAAGAUGGAGAAGUUAGGCCUUGGUUUGGAUGACGAGAGCAGCAACCAGUCUACAGCAACCACUCAGAGCCCCGGAGACUCCCGGCGCCUCAGCAUCCAGCGCUGCAUCCAGUCCCUCGUCCACGCCUGCCAGUGUCGAAACGCAAACUGCUCUCUGCCGUCCUGCCAGAAGAUGAAACGCGUGGUUCAGCACACAAAGAGCUGCAAGAGAAAAACCAACGGGGGCUGCCCCAUCUGCAAGCAGCUCAUCGCCUUGUGCUGCUACCACGCUAAGCACUGUCAGGAGAACAAGUGCCCCGUUCCCUUCUGCCUGAACAUCAAGCACAAGCUGCGCCAGCAGCAGCUACAGCACAGACUCCAGCAGGCCCAGAUGCUACGAAGGCGGAUGGCCAGCAUGCAGAGGGCGGGUCAGGCCGCUCCGGGAGGGGCUCCGGGGGGCAACGGACUACCUUCCCCAGGAGGCAACAACGGAGCGACGGCUCCCGGUACCCCUACAUCUGUGGGCACGCAGCCUGCGACCCCGCAAACACCCACCCAGGGGAACAUGCCGGCCCUUGCUCAGCAGCAAGGCGUUGGGAUGGGCGUAAUCGGGGGUAUGGGAACACCGGGCCAGCAACAGCAAGUUCAGCAGCAAGGUGGUGCAAUGACCCCGCAACACCAUCUGCAUCAGUUUCAGCAGGUGGUUGGGGCAGGUGGAGGGGGGAUGAUGAACUCUCCUCAGCAGCAGAUGGUGCCUCAGCUCCAGCAGCAGCUUCCCAAUGUCCAGCAGCAGCAUCCAGGUAGCUUGUCCCCAUACAACCCCAGGCUGCCUGGGGCUCAUCAGUCCCUGGGCAAACCUGGCAUGGGUCCUGCCACUCCUCCGCAGCAGCAGCAACCCAACCAGGGCCAGGGGCCCAUGCCUGUUCAAGGCCAGCAGCAAGGGCCCCCCCAGGCCGCUGUGGAGACGGCCCUAAAAAUCCAGCGCCUGGCAGAGACCCAGCGGCAGAUGGCUCAGAUCCAGGCUCAAGCCCAGAUACGCGGCCCUGGACAGGGGGGCAUGAUACCCUCUCAUCACCAGAACACCCAGGCCCAGAUGGGCAUGGCCCACCAGGCCCAGGGGGUUGUUGGCAGGACUAUGUUAGAUCCUCAGCAACAGGGAAUGCUAGCUGGGAUGCAGUCGCAGUUGCCACCUCAAGUUCAGCAGCAGCUGGGUGGUGGUGUACAACUUCAGCAAGCAAACCAGCAGUGGGGGGCUGGCGGUCCAGCCAUGAACCCACAGCAGAGAACAGGCAUGAUGGGGCACAUGGCGCAGCAGCAGGCAGUUACACAGCAGCAAAUGACUCAGCAGCAGCAGCAGCAACCAGGAAACCGCGGGCUGAUGCAAGUGAUGGGAGGAUCAGCGGGGGCGCCUAACUCAAUAGCAGCUGCAGCGGCAUCAGGAAAUCUCCCCCAGGCAGCACUACAAGACCUCCUGAGAACACUGCGCUCUCCGAGCUCACCCCUUCAACAGCAGCAAGUCCUCAACAUCCUCCGUUCCAACCCCACCCUUAUGGCUGCUUUUAUCAGGCAGAGAGCCGCCAGAUAUCAGGGCGGUCAAGGUGGCCCCGGAGGAGCAGUAGGGCCUCCACAGGGGGGCCUUGGAGGUGUGAGGUUCCAAGGGGCUCCUGGAGUACUACCCGGUGCAGGAGGGCCUGGAGCUAACCAGCUUGCUAGUAUUGAUGGGCAACAGCAGGUUAAUGUGAGUCAGCCAGGGAUGAACAUGGCUCAAGGUGGAGCAGGGGGAGGGAAUAUGCCCACCAUGGCUCAGCUUCAGCAGUUGCAGCAGCAACAACAGCAACAACAACAACAACAGCAGCGCCCAAUGUUGCCUGGCAAUUUACAGCAACAGCAAAUGGCUGCAUUACAGCAACAACAACAACAACAACAGCAGCAGCAGCAGCAGCAGCAACAACAACAGGGAGCAAUGCAAGUAGGGCAACAAGGCAACAUUACCAGUAUGACUCCGCAGUUAAGAGACUUGUUUAUGAAAAGACAGCUGCAGCAUCAGCAGCAACAACGACAACAACAACAACAACAACAACAACAGAUGGGAAAUCACGGACAGUUCCAGCAACCUCAAGGACUCCAGCAGCAGCAAGGUUUCAUGCAGCCGGGCCAGGGACAGCCGGGCGUGGCGCCAUCUUCCCAACCCCAGCUAGGAGGUGGAGGAGUAAGGGGCCCCCCGCAGCAGGGAGGACCACAAAGUGGGCCAGGGCAGCUAGUCCAGCAGCAAGGCUACUCCAACACCAUGUCACAAGUAGCUGCAGCGCUCCACCAGAGGCUCCAGAUGCAGAUGCAGCAGCAGCAGCAACAACAACAGCAACAGCAGCAGCAGCAGCAGCAGCAGCAACAACAACAGCAAAAUUCAAUGGGUGCGCUUCAAGGACAAGACGGAGGGGGAGGCACGGCAGGACCCCCGCUCCAGUCUGGACAAGGCGGACCACAGCAACAAGGUAAUGUGGGCGGAGGGGGAAGUGGUGGUGGGCCUUCGCUUCCACAGACGUCGCAAGGCAUGCUUCACCAGAACAUCCACCAGAGGCUGCUGCUGCAGCAGCAGCAGCAGCAUCUCGGUGGGGGCUCUCCGGGUCAGCACAGCAGUCCCAUGAGUCCACAGCAGCAGAUGGCGCAGUCCCCCCACCCCCACAUGCAAGGACAAGGAGGACUGGGUCCGGCAGGGUCGCUCAGCAGUCAGGUCAGGUCGCCGCAGCCUUCGCCAAGGCCACAGUCGCAGCCGCACUCCAGCCCGUCCCCGCGCAUGCAGCCCUCGUCCCAACCACAGCCCUCGCCCCACCGCAUCUCCCCGCAGACCCAGACUGGCUCACCCCACCCGGGCCUUCUAGGCCAACACCACCCCAGUAUGGCGCCGCCGCAGCCACCACAACAGCAACAGCAGCCGGGCAGUUCUUUAGAUGCCGGUCAGUUCAGCUCCGACCAGAACGCCAUUAUGUCCCAGCUGAGUGGGAUGGCGGGGAUGCACGGUGGGCAGGGGGGGCAGUCGGACAUGUCAGGUGGGAAUAAUAAUAACAACAGCAACAACAACAACAACAACCAGGAGCUUGGAACGAACAAUAACCACAACAGUUUAGGCCACAUGUAGCCUUGUUCCAUCCUCUCUGCCCCGAUGCUCUGAUCAGACUUCUGCUUUGGGGUUUUAGAAGUUUUUAUUUUUUAUUUAAAUAUUUUCAUGAUAUAUGAAUAAGAACUGAAGCUUCCUUCCUAUGGGAGAUGCGACAUAAAUCUUAGAAGUCAAUAAAUGAAUAAAUUAAAACAAUGGUAAGUUAUUGCUGUUAAUAUAUAUCUAUAUAUUUUUGCCAAUUGUGUACAAAAAGGUGGAAGGGCAGUGUUUCAGGUUGAAGAUAUUUCUUCCUUGGUCUAUGAAACAAUAUUUUUGGGGGCUGAGAAUUUUUGCCUUUUUAUGAAUAUUUUUAAGAUUUGAAAUGUGGCUAAAAAUUAAAGUUGACACAAUGUACCUUUUUUAUGGUUUUGUUUUCCUCCUCAAAUACCCAGUCAUAAUUAUGUAUAUUGCAGAGAGUAAGUCUAUUUUAUUUCUGAAUUUAUUGUUUAUUCCUCUUCUUCCCUCGAUGGAUCGUCACAAGCGUCAACAUAUCUUCUGUUGCAGGGAAUUAUUUUUCUGAACAGUUUUGACAUCGAUGUACAUUUUACAGUUGACUGCAACAACUCGUGUGUGAGUGUGUGUGUAUAUCUAUACACACACAAUUUAUGUUAUAUGACGGGUGGGUGGGUGCGUUAAAAUGCAGUUUAAUUUUCACAGGUUUCUUAGGUGGUAGUUUUGUCUUUGUUUAUUUUCACAGGGUUUAUAGGUUGGAUUAAACCUCAGUGUUUCGGUUCCAAGCGUUCUGCAAAAAAAGUGCAGAUCAGCACAACAAAUCUUUGCACCCAAUGGGCCACCCUCCAUGUCCUAUGAAUGUGCACAUCUUCCUUAGCCCCCCCACCCACCCCCAGCUGGACUGUUGUUAGAUGAUCAUUGGGCCCCCGUUUGAAAGGUUGCCCGUGUACAUAUAUUACAACCUUGAGUAUGAGCUGUGAUGUGAAGAUGUCAAAAAAAAAAAAAGUUGCCCAUGUUUUUUGGGCUGCAGAGGUUUGACAAAAUCCUGCCUGUAUCCUGAAAUCUCCAUCCCACGGUUUCCCUUUCAGUACUUUACUCUUGCCCUUUGGUUCCUCAUCCUCAUGACUGCCCCCCCUUCUCCCCGCAACCGUUAAUUCAAUGUUCGUACUGUACAAAGUAAGAAAUGGUGGACUUGGAUAAUGUCUUUUGUAAUGAAAGUGAAACAUGUAAAAACAAAACAAAAAAAAACAAAAAAACUGUACAUACUUUAAAUCCUUAUGAGCAGAUCAAUUAUUUUCUGCUGCUUGUUUGCCCUCUUGUUUGAUUGGAUAUUUGCUGUAUCUGUAAAAAAAACAACACAAAAGUACUCCUGAGCUACUGUACAGUAUUGAGAUUCUUUUCUAAAAGGUACAGUGUGGGGUGUAGUCGGUCACAAGCACCAAUGCGCCUUUUCUGUGUAUUUUUGACAAGGUUUUAGGGAGGAGUUAUUGCAACGAGUCACACACCUGAACAAUCUUUAAAAAGUUAGACGUGAGCCUGCACGAUGUUGGAGCCGAGACGGGUCCACUGGCCGUGUGGUCUGAGAGUUUAAAUUUGGUCAUUUAGCUUUUUACUGAGAGGACUGACGACACAAUAUUCACAUGCCCAUUAUUUUUCUCAAAAGCUUGGGCUUGCUGGGUUUGGGGAGGGGGUGCAUAAGAACCAGGUGGCAAUAUAUCUUGAGACUUAUUUUAUAAGAAAAAACAAGGAAAAACUGUCUUUUAUAUAAAUAUAUAUAUAGAUAUAUUAUUUAAUUUUAUUUUUUGGAAAUAAAACUUGAAGCUACAGGAAUUAUUAGAUAAAACAUGUUUUGUUUUGUAUUAAAGAUGUUCUGGUGAUGCAAAAAGACACUGCAGACAGUCAUUAGGUUUGCUCUGGGGAGGUUGUGGAGUAUAUUAUACCAUCCUUUUUCAGAAGUGUUUCAUGUACAUGAAUAUAGUUGUAAACAUACUGAAUCACUGUACAAACUGAUGGCAACUGAACAAAAUAGUUUUGUUAAUCAUUUCUUCUCCUAAAAAGAGACUGGAAAUUAGACUAUUUAAAUAUUUGUUUAGUAUUCAAAUGGAAUCUUUGACCACUUUUUCGUUCCUCUUGUUAACAAUUUUGGUGCUUGCUCAGAGAAAGCAAAAAUAACUAUUGCUCCAUUUUCAUUAGUUUCUUUUUUUUAAGUUAUUUUGGUGGUCUGAUUGUUUAUUUGCCAAUAAAUUAAUUGUACAAUAAAGUAUGUUUGUACCAUUGGAAAAAUA